AUGAGUGGUGGUGGUGGUCAGAAUGGGAGUGGUGGUGGGCCUUGUGGUGCCUGCAAGUUCCUUAGAAGGAAGUGUGUAAAGGGUUGCAUUUUUGCACCAUAUUUUGACUCAGACCAAGGCACCACUCACUUCGCCGCCGUUCACAAGGUGUUUGGAGCCAGCAAUGCUACCAAAAUGCUUCUCAGAAUUCCGCCGCACAAACGCCUCGACGCCGUGGUUACUCUUUGUUAUGAGGCUCUUGCUAGGGUUAGGGAUCCUGUCUAUGGUUGCGUUGGCCACAUCUUUACUCUACAGCAACAGGUUGUUAAUUUGCAGGCGGAGUUGGCGUAUAUUCAAGCUCGCAUAUCAACUUUGCACCGGCUUCCUCCACCACCUCCUCCUCCUCGACCACCGAGUCUUUCCUCUUCCAACGUUCAGUCCUCGUCAGGGUUCGUGUGCAAUUCUAACAUAAUGACUCAUUUCGAUACCUCCCAGUCCGAGGAAACAUCAACAGAAAUGGCAAGCUUUUGUAAUGCAGUUGAUGAGGAGCUAGAAGAUGGUGAUCUCCAGUCACUUGCAAGGGACUAUGUUUCGAGAUGCUUAAAUGGAGUUAAAUUCAGGCCUUCCACCUCACAAUGA